AUGGCAUGCUCAGACAAAAAGUCCUGCGAGGGCUGCUCAUGCAGCAAUGACGCCCCUGAGCCGCAGUCCAUCAACAUAGAAGAUUGUCUUAGCGAGCUACAAGCUCUGCGACGACGAAACCAGGAACUAGAAACCCGCAUGGGUGUCACAAACGAGCGCGACAAUGCCCAAGUCCCCGUCAAGCAACCGGGUAGAACACUCCGAUCUUCAUCGUGGUUUGAUUGUGCCAAUAACCCUGGUAUGACUGCCAUCUAUAUGGAGCGGUAUUUCAACUACGGCAUUACCCGGGAAGAACUCAUGUCUGGGAAACCCAUGAUUGGAAUUGCCCAGACAGGUUCGGAUAUUGCGCCUUGCAAUCGCCACCAUAUUGAACUCUCGAAGCGGGUUCGGGAGGGUAUCCGAACUGCUGGUGGUAUUCCGUUUGAGUUCCCUACGCAUCCUAUUCAGGAAACUUCCAGACGGCCAACUGCCACUCUUGAUCGAAAUCUUGCGUAUCUUGGUUUGGUGGAAAUCUUGACUGGGUAUUUCCUUGAUGGUGUUGUUUUGCUCACUGGGUGUGACAAGACCACACCUGCUUGUUUGAUGGCUGCGGCUACUAUGAAUAUUCCUGCUAUCUGCAUGAAUGUGGGACCUAUGCUCAAUGGUUACUCCAAAGGAGCUUUGACCGGAGCAGGCAGUGUGUUGUGGCAUGGGCGAGAGCUAUAUGCCACGGGUGACAUCGACGAGCAUGAAUUUAUGGAUUAUAUUGCCAGAGGAACACCAUCAGUCGGCCAUUGCAACACCAUGGGCACUGCCUCAACCAUGAAUGCCCUGGCGGAGUCAUUAGGAAUGGCACUCCCAGGGUCAGCCGCCAUUCCCGCAGCAUACCGCCACCGAGCUCAGUGCGCUUAUGAAACCGGCCUACGGAUUGUGGAAAUGGUAGAAGCAGACCGCAAGCCAUGUGAUCUGAUGACAAGAGAGGCAUUCGAAAAUGCGAUUGUGGCAAACGCCGCUAUUGGUGGUAGCACCAACGCCCCUAUCCACAUCAAUGCCAUUGCCCAGCAUGCGGGCGUGGAAGUCUCCAUGGAUGACUGGGAUACCCUGGGAUCAACCAUCCCCCUGCUAUUGAACAUGCAACCUUCUGGCGAAUAUCUCGGCGAGGAAUACUACCGUGCUGGUGGUCUUCCGGCCAUUAUGGCUGAGCUCUUGGACCAGGGCAAGAUUCACGGCGGUGUGCUAACCUGCAAUGGCCAAACCAUGGCUGAGAAUGUUCGUAGGAAGCACACCUGGGACCGGAAGGUCAUCCGUCCAUAUGACGACCCAUUAAUGAAGGAUGCCGGUUUCGCUCAUCUGAAGGGGAAUCUGUUCGACUCUGCUAUCAUGAAGACAUGUGCGAUCUCGCCUGCUUUCCGGAAACGCUAUCUUUCCAACCCCGAAGACCCGGAUGCGUUUGAAGGAUCUGUGGUUGUCUUUGAUGGACCUGAAGAUUAUGAACACCGUCUAGAAAGCUCUGCACAAAUUGACGAUAAGACCAUUCUCGUUAUGCGUGGUGUUGGCCCGAUAGGUUAUCCCGGAGCGGCAGAGGUUGUUAACAUGCAUCCGCCUGGUCGACUUCUCAAGGAUGGUAUCGAUGGCCUGUUCUGUAUUGGAGACGGUCGGCAGUCUGGCACCUCUGGAUCUCCUUCUAUCUUGAAUGCUAGCCCUGAAGCCGCGGCCGGUGGCAACCUUGCCAUCCUGAAAGACGGAGACAGGCUUCGUAUUGACUUACGAAAGAGGCGGGUUAAUCUUCUCGUCAGUGAUGAAGAGAUUGCACAGCGGAGGAAGGACUUAGGUGUUGAUGGAUAUACUGUCGCUCCUAGUGGUACUCCAUGGCAGGAGCUGUUCCGCCAGGAAACGGCACAGUUGAGUGAGGGUAUGGUUAUGAAGAAGGCCGUCAAGUAUCAGAAGCUGGCUCAGGAGGGACAGCCGCUUCGUCAUAACCAUUGA